AUGAAAGUUACCACAACUACGGCUAAUGUUCUGAAUAGCGAAUCCCCCAGACAGGAAUUAAAAGUGGAUCCUGGGAGUUUGGUAAAAACAUAUGAUCUAAAUGAAUAUAUGAGGAGUCUGUCUCUUCUUGAUCAAGGAAGAAAUGAGUGGAUUGAUCAGGGAGGGGUUUCUAAUUUACAAUUAAACCCUGAAUUUAAAGAUAUGCUCAAAGAAAAGUUCUGGAGAACUUGGUACCAUCUCAAACACGUCCAAGCAGGUCCAUUCGCAGUAUACAACAAUCCAACUCCAAUAGAUGUUAAUGGGUUGUUCCCAGCGCAGGCAGGUGAUGCUGUAGUACAACAAAAUGUCCAACCUCAGGGAGGAGUUAGUUCACCAGGUGGUAUGGGAACUGAAGGAGCAUUGAUAGCUGCCGGAGCUAUGGCGCCAGGUCAAUAUUUACCUAAUCAAGUACAAAUGGUUCCUGGUGUAGGGCCUGUAGCAGUAACUCAACAAGCACCUCCAUUGCCACCUCCUACAGGAGAUAAAAAUACCAAUGUUGACGAAUUAAAUAACUCAUUGAAUACUAAAGCAAUACCAACUAAUUUAUCAGUUGGUACAUCGCCAAGUGCUGAUCCUAACACUCCACCGCUGGCAAAUGUUCCAGUCGUAAAUGUAAUCGGAGGAAAGACUAUAAGCGCUCCUGGAGUUAUUCCUAGUGACGUCAUGGAAAGGCAUCCUUUGUUCGACAGUGUAAAUCUAGCUCCAAAUGACUAUUUCAGGGUCAACGUUGAAAACGUUGGAAGAAGUAUUAUCGUAGUAUCAAUUGUUUUAUUCCUUAUAUUGGUCCUUGUAUACAGAAUUAAAACAAGGAAAAAGACUAAAAAGAAGAGAUGAAGAGAACAACUUCAGAAACUUUAAUAUCGAUAAGAUCUUGAAAUGUUUA